UGCGUAUUCAGAAUGCGGCCGCAUCGCUGGUGUCCCUGCAGGAAACGGUGAAGAAGACGGGCAAACUGUCACCGGACCAGAAAAAGGUGUACGCCGAGAACUUGGAGAAGUUGGGUGUGGCGGCGCAGAAGCUAGCGCACAUCCAGCAGGCCGACGAUGAUCAGGAUGCGAUACGGUUCUUGUUCGAUUUAUCCGCCUUGACAGCGAGCUACGAGACGCCGGUCUCGUCUUCGUCGUCUGCAUCUGCGUCACCAGCUUCGGAGAAGAAGAAAACGACGAGCAGCAGUUCCUCCAAGCUGACCUCGUUCCCGGGCUACAAGGGCAAGGACGAUAAGGACAAGAAGAAGAAGGAAGAGGAGGAGAAUGUGGGCGAAGAUGGAUCCGGUGGUGGUGACAGUGUGCAGGUGGAGACACAGGAGAAGGAAUCCUCGAUCGCCGAAGCGAAACCAGUCGGUCUGGCAAUCGCUGGUGAAGGUGGUGUGGCCUCUUCGAAACCCGUCGCUACGGCUGUGGUCGGUGAUGGUGGGCUAGCGGUUGCACGUCCUGUCGCUACGGCCAUUGCGGGCAUCAAACCGAGUGAACUUGGCUCCCUUGGGCUACCGAUCUCCGUUAACAAGAAGGUCCUGAGCCGUGGAAAGUAUGGGCUGAUAACCAGCAGCGACGACGUGAUGGGUGGUGGUCUUCUCGUCGGACCGGACUACGAAGCACGCGUUGCACCGAAGGAGAUCGAAGCGGAAAUCGACGACAACCGCCAGCAGCAGCAGCAGCAGCAGCAGCAGUUGAUGGCCAACUUUGAUACGGAGAAGUUCUUGGCCAACUUGCGGCUGAAAACGCAACCAACCACGUCCGGUGCGAUCAUUGCCAGUGUCCCUCAGACCUAUGCAGCCUAUCAACCGCAAUCGUAUCUACAGCAGCAGCAACAACACUGGUCCCCGUCCUUCUAUCAGUAUCAACCGAAUCCUUACAACUCGCCACUGGCCUACGCACAGCAGCUGGAUGCCCUGACGCAGUCCCAGUACAAUCCUUACUACCUCGCAGCGGCGACGGCCUCCGCGUACCAGCAACCAUCGGUAGCUGCUGCUGCUGCGUACCAGCAACCAUCGGCCGCAACCCAGAAUCCCUUUCAGGCGUACGAGUAUCCACAGCGGGCCGCACUCUAUACCCCUGCACCCGUUCUCAGCCCUGCGGCCACUGCCUAUUCGAACUUUAACAAUUAUCCAUCCUUCAGCACCCCAUCGCCAUACCGGUUUUUCUACUAUUAAUCUGCUCGUCCACUAUCCGGGCGCGUCGGUCGGUGAGGAUCUCCUCCUGA